CUGGGUUUCGUUUUGAUUGUCAAAUAACGGUUGGCAGCUCUGCCGUAUGACAGCUGUCAAAAAAAAUUGGCAUCGGAAGGACGUGACGUCACUGAUUUCUUUUCCUCACGUUUUCGUAGUGAACGACAGCAGCGAAACUUGAACCAAAAUGGGUCGCGUUCGUACAAAGACCGUCAAGAAGGCCUCUAAGGUCAUUAUUGAGAAGUACUACACCCGGCUGACGAUGGAUUUCCACACAAACAAGCGCAUCGUCGAGGAAGUGGCCAUCAUUCCCACCAAGCCCCUGCGCAACAAGAUCGCUGGUUUCGUGACACAUCUGAUGAAGCGUCUGCGCCACUCGCAGGUCCGUGGUAUCUCCAUCAAGCUGCAGGAGGAGGAACGCGAGCGCAGAGAUAACUACGUACCGGAGGUGUCUGCUCUGGAGCAGGACAUCAUUGAAGUGGAUCCGGAGACCAAGGAGAUGUUGAAGCAGCUGGACUUCAACAACAUCGUCGUCCAGGUGACCAACCCGUCGGCGCAGGGCUACAGCCGUCGCAACUAAGUCAGCUGCAAGUCGAAGUCGUUGAUCGGUCCUGGGUGUCCCGUUGGGAUGUUGUUCUAGAAUUUCCCACAUCCGCGCGAGAGUGUGUAUCAUCGUAUUUUAAGCGAAAGAAUAUGAUCCUUUGGAAGUUAAGGAAAGAUAAACGGUAAAAAGGAUAAA